AUGCUGAAAAGCCGAGAAGCACUGUACAGCUGUUUCAUCCUUAUUGGGAAUCAUCAGCAGUGCGCAUCUCACGAAACUCCGAAGAGUCUUGAACACGCGACCUCCCAGCUAAAAAAGGACCGAAACAUUUUUGUUUGCAAAUCGGGGAUUCGCAGCAAAACCGGCCUGCCCGUUUGGGAAUUCGGAUACAAGCUGAUGUACAAACUUUUUACGGUUUAUGAUUUAAAAGGCGCAAGAAUGGGACUCGCCGACGCAAGCCACCCAUGA